UAUUACCGAAUUUUGGCUUCCGGACCAUAAUUUUAUUGCCCCUGGAGCUAGCUAGCUGAGUAAAGACAACACAGUUCAGUGCAGUUUACACAAGUACAAACUCACGAAUCAGUGCCAAAGAGAACUAAGGAGAAUGCCUGAGUACCUGAAAACCGCGGAUGAAUUCAGGAAGGCUCUUAAGGAUGCAGGAAAUAAGUGGGUGGUAGUGGACUUUACUGCUAGCUGGUGUCCACCAUGCAAAAUGAUUGCUCCUAUCUUUGAAACUUUAAGCAAGGAAUUCACAGAAAUCAAGUUCUACAAAGUAGAUGUGGAUGAAAACAAUGAAACUGCUGAAGACCAAGGCAUCCAGGCUAUGCCCACCUUCAAGUUCUAUCAGAACGAGAAAGCAAUGAAAACGAUGAAAGGAGCCGACGAGAAACAGUUGAAGAGCAAUCUAGAAGAAUGCAAAUAGCUAUACAAGUCGUGUAUAAUCUUUGUGUCAAGACAAUUUUUAGGAAUAUCUAGUUUUUGGAGAUUUACAACUUGGUAUUGGAGGCAGCAUCUUCAAAACAAUA